AUGGCUCUGAACGUACUUCAUCGCCGCAACCGCGAGAUGGAGCUGACUGAUUUCAAAUGGCUCGACCUAGUUGAGAAGCUCAAAAUGGAUUCUCAUGAAGUCGACAGCUAUAGUUUACACCAUGUGCCAUCAAGUGUUUGGUGUCAUGGAUGCUUUCGAUUAAGACGACGUGUCGGCUUUGAUACAGGUGAUGUGAACGGGGACAGUGCGGAACGAAGCAUCAUCUCUCUCCGUCAGACACAAAAGCUUGUUCGCCAAUUCCAAACUUCCAGAGGCUACCAUCUUCGCAAUCACUUACUUCUGGCUGCAACGAAGUCUUUCGAGCUCGGAGUCAGUCGGAAGAUGUUGACCCACUGGGAGCAGUAUUUACGAAGAAUUUGUUCCAAGUAUUACAAGGAAAACCCUCCCAUUGUUGGCGGGCCUGGAGUCACUGUAGAGAUUGACGAAACGAAUGUCACACGAAGGAAGUACAACCGCGGCAGACUUGUGCGUAGAAAGGAAUGGCUGUUCGGUGGCAUUGAAAGAGGGAGUGGUCGUGUUGAGGAGAUAGGAUGUGUGGCUGAUAAGAUUAGCCCCAGUAUCUCCUCAGUACCUCACUUGCAUUCCACACUCACGAGCAUCAUCCUCAAGUUCAUUCGACCGGGAACUACCAUCAUGUCGGACUCAUGGAGAGCGUACUCACAGCUGUCGCGACUGCCAGCCGGCUACAGGCACCUGACGGUUAACCACAUGCUCCAUUUCGUCGAUCCUCUAACUGGGGCACACACCCAAAACAUCGAAUCCUUGUGGCAGAAGUUCAAGAUGAUUCCCAAGAAGAAGUUCGGAUUGAACACCAAGCGGUACUCUCACUACAUCAAAGAGUUCCUAUGGCGUCGAGAAUUUGGAAAACCCAGUGAAAUCAUCUUCAACUUCUUCGAACAUGUCGCACGGUUAUAUCCGUGCUAG